CCCCGCGCCCCGCGGCGGGGGCUGUGAUCGGGGCGGGCGCCCGCGUCCCGCGGCCGCAGGGGGGCCCGAACCUGCGCCGCCCGUCCGCCCCGCGCGCCGAGCUGCGCGCACUGGGGUCCCGGAGCGCCAGCCGGCGCCCGGCCGCUGAGCGCGCGUCCUUUCGGAUGCACACGCCCGGGUGGCAGGUGCCCGACGCCGCGGGGAGGGCAGCGAGGCCCCAGGAACUUCUUACACCAUUCUUUGGCGAACGCUGUUCAGCAGUGGUGACCUCUUCCAAUCGAAUACUCUACAAAUUAUUAUCUCUGGACUCCCAGCUGACACCCUGCCGGAGGCAAGAGCUGCUAAGCCAACUGGAACUGUGCCUCUUCUGUUGUCAAGGUUUUUUUCUUGCAGAGGAAAAAGAAAAAAAAAAAAAAAGAUGAAGUUGGGCAAAGUGGAGUUCUGCCAUUUUCUGCAGCUAAUCGCUCUUUUCCUGUGUUUUUCUGGGAUGAGUCAAGCAGAACUCUCAAGGUCAAGAUCCAAACCCUAUUUCCAAUCGGGGAGGUCCCGGACCAAGCGCAGCUGGGUGUGGAACCAGUUCUUUGUGCUGGAGGAGUACAUGGGCUCAGACCCCCUCUAUGUAGGAAAGCUUCACUCUGAUGUUGAUAAAGGAGAUGGUUCCAUCAAAUACAUCUUGUCAGGCGAAGGGGCAAGUUCCAUUUUCAUUAUUGAUGAGAACACGGGGGAUAUUCACGCCACCAAGAGGCUGGAUCGUGAGGAACAGGCCUACUACACGCUCCGAGCCCAGGCGCUGGACAGGCUCACCAACAAGCCCGUAGAACCCGAGUCUGAGUUUGUCAUCAAGAUCCAGGACAUCAACGACAAUGAACCCAAAUUUCUGGACGGCCCGUACACCGCCGGGGUUCCCGAAAUGUCUCCUGUGGGGACCUCCGUGGUACAAGUGACAGCGACGGAUGCUGAUGACCCUACUUACGGUAACAGCGCCCGAGUGGUCUACAGCAUUCUGCAAGGGCAGCCAUACUUCUCGGUGGAGCCCAAGACAGGAGUCAUCAAGACCGCCCUCCCAAACAUGGAUAGAGAGGCUAAAGACCAGUAUUUGCUUGUUAUUCAGGCAAAGGAUAUGGUUGGGCAAAACGGAGGACUCUCAGGGACCACAUCAGUCACCGUGACCCUAACUGAUGUCAAUGAUAAUCCACCUCGCUUUCCUCGAAGAUCUUACCAAUAUAAUGUCCCAGAAUCAUUGCCAAUGGCCUCUGUUGUGGCCAGAAUUAAAGCUGUCGAUGCAGAUAUAGGAGCUAAUGCUGAAAUGGAAUACAAAAUUGUGGAUGGUGAUGGAUUAGGGGUUUUCAAGAUUUCUGUUGACAGAGACACACAGGAAGGAAUCAUUACUAUACAGAAGGACCUGGAUUUUGAAGCCAAAACAAGUUACACACUACGGAUAGAAGCUGCCAACAAAGAUGCGGACCCUCGCUUUCUAAGCUUGGGGCCAUUCAGUGACACGACGACUGUGAAGAUAAUCGUAGAAGAUGUGGACGAGCCCCCUGUGUUUUCUGCACCCCUGUACCCCAUGGAGGUGUCAGAGGCCACUCAGGUUGGGAACAUCAUCGGCACGGUGGCAGCUCAUGACCCAGAUUCUUCCAACAGCCCCGUCAGGUAUUCAAUUGACAGAAACACAGACUUGGAAAGAUACUUCAAUAUCGAUGCCAACAGUGGAGUUAUCACAACUGCCAAAUCAUUGGAUCGGGAGACAAAUGCUGUGCAUAACAUCACAGUCCUCGCAAUGGAGAGCCAGAAUCCAUCUCAAGUAGGAAGAGGCUAUGUGGCUAUCACCAUCCUGGACAUCAAUGACAAUGCCCCUGAGUUUGCAAUGGACUAUGAAACCACUGUGUGUGAGAAUGCCCAGCCAGGGCAGGUUAUCCAGAAAAUCAGCGCUGUUGAUAAAGACGAGCCAUCCAAUGGACACCAGUUUUAUUUCAGCUUAACAACUGAUGCAACCAACAACCACAACUUCUCAUUGAAAGAUAACAAAGACAACACGGCCUCGAUUCUCACCAGGAGAAACGGCUUUCGGAGGCAGGAGCAAUCCGUCUACUAUCUGCCCGUCUUCAUCGUGGACAGUGGGUCGCCUUCACUCAGCAGCACCAACACGCUCACCAUCCGCGUGUGUGACUGUGACGCAGAGGGAGUAGCCCAGACCUGCAACGCCGAGGCCUACGUGCUGCCCGCCGGCCUCAGCACCGGGGCCCUGAUCGCGAUCCUUGCCUGUGUCCUGACGUUACUGGUGUUGAUCCUCCUGAUUGUCACCAUGAGAAGACGGAAAAAAGAGCCCCUCAUUUUUGAUGAAGAGAGAGAUAUCAGAGAAAAUAUCGUCCGAUACGAUGACGAGGGUGGAGGAGAGGAAGACACGGAAGCUUUUGACAUGGCGGCCCUGAGAAACCUCAACGUCAUCAGAGACACCAAGACCCGGAGGGACGUGACGCCCGAAAUUCAGUUCUUGAGUCGACCGACUUUUAAAAGCAUCCCGGAUAAUGUCAUUUUUCGGGAAUUUAUUUGGGAAAGACUGAAAGAAGCUGACGUGGACCCCUGUGCCCCCCCGUAUGACUCCUUGCAGACGUACGCGUUUGAAGGCAAUGGCUCCGUGGCUGAAUCCCUGAGCUCCUUAGAUUCCAUCAGCUCAAACUCUGAUCAGAAUUACGACUACCUAAGUGACUGGGGGCCCCGUUUUAAACGACUCGCAGACAUGUAUGGAACCGGCCAGGAGAGUUUGUACUCAUAGCCUUGGAACGUUCCUUUGGAAUGUACUGAAGACCAAGUAAAAGCAAAAAACACUACACGCAGAACCCAAGAACUCCACUUACUAGAGAAAAUGGUUGUAAAUAUAUCUCCAUUUUUAACUGUUUAGGUUUCUGCCUUGGUGAAGCAUAUGUUCAUUAGAUUUAUCCAAGGGACCGCACUGACCACAGACUCUGAGCGUUUGAAGGCUUUUUUGAUAAAAAGAAAUGCUCAGUGGUUUGUGAAUAGAUAGCAACUCUCAGAUACCUGCAAAGGCACCUAACCUCUAUGAGAAAGUAGUGCCUGAUGUCGUCAGUGAACCAAGGGUGCCCCGUACAUACCUUCAUGGUACUGCUAGUGAGAAGAAUAGAACACAAUGUGCCACUGAAAAGUCCUGCAACUUCUUGCAUAUUAAAACUUGGGACAGAUUGAAUUUAUAGUGAUGCUUUUAGCUUGUUAGAUUAGAGAAUCCAGCAGAAUUUUAUUGCUGUGAGUUAGGAAGUAUAUUUUAUUUAGCAAUAUAUAAAUUCUUAGAAAAUCCUCCCCAAUCCUCCAAUACAAGCCACUAAAAUUUGGUUUAAGGCAACAUAAACCAUUGUUUAGCAAAUAAAUGUGAAGUAUUCCAAAUAAAAAGGUAAAUCAUUCUUAAUGUGUGCAAUCGUUUUGAGAUGCUUGUGUAGGUAUGAAAAAAAGUUGCUGUCUAUUCGUUGAUGUUUUUUAUCUCUUCUGAUUUGUACAGGAGAAUAUAUGUAAGUUCUUUUUUUUAUUUGACACAUGGUGUUAUAUUUAUUUUGGAGCUCCAAUCUCCAUUAAAUUCAGGUCUAUCUUAUUGCCUCAUAGUUGUCUAGCUCGUCAGAACAUGCUGAUUUUUCUCCACUCUGAGCUACACAAAGGAAAUGAAACAUGGAAAUGGAGGAAAAAUAGUAGAGUGCUUGAGUCCUGUUGCAAUUCAUAUCUCAGAGAGGAGCACAGCUAUAGGGACACAGAAGUCAUUUGAGCCAUUGGAAUAUACAAAACAUCGGAAUAAAAUAUUUGUAUUUUAGAAAGAUUUCAGAGAGAAUUGAGCUGUUCUUUGAUGCAAGAUUUAUUUUUUCAAGGUCACAAGUUCUAUAUGCCUCAAAGACUUUUGAGAAUUUGUUCUACCCCAACCUCUUUUGCUGUAAACAUAUUGAGUAAAAGACUGACUUUUAAAAAUAUAUCUUAAACAAUAUAAUGUUAUAAAUUUCAAAACCCAUCUUUAAAUUCUGAUGCAGCUUUGUUCCUCAAGAAUAAACCAUGCAAUGUAUAAUUUCUAUACUGGUUUAGAUGUGCCAAAAUGAGGAGAGAAAUUUCAAAUGAUUACAUGUGUUUAAGCUUGAGAUGUGCUUCUUUAAAAAGAAGAAUUUUACAACUAAAGUAAUAUUUCUACCUAUCAGUUUUCUCCCAAAAAAUAGUUUAAUGUGCAUAUAUACAAGGACAAAUGGAAUUUUUUUUUCUUUUUUGUUCUUUUAUAAAGAAUUGUAGGGUUCCUAAUCUAUAGAUGGUGGACACUAUAGAAAAUUAUGUUCUAAAACUGCUUCUUCCUGAAAGACAAAUGAUAUAACUAGAAUAUCAAUAUUUUGAUGACAGUAGGAGAAACCACGUAGCAGUCUGUGAACUUGCAGUCCACCUUUAGAAAUGAAGUAUGUGAAAGUGGCCUUCAGAUUCAUCAAAGUAAUUGAAUAAAUUUGAUCAUCUGCAAACAGUCCUUUCAUUUGAAUAAAGUUUUGUAGACACUGUUUCAUGACUAAAUAGAUAUGCUUCUUGCAGUAUUAAUAUAUAUAUGAAAAACCAAUUUCAUAACAGAGAUACUGUUCAUUACUUUUAGUCACAUACAUAAGUUUUUCAAAUUAAAAACAACAAAACAUAGUAUACUUAUAUCCUUUUCAAGAAAGUCACUAUGUGGUGUAGGAAUUAUGUAGGUAUUGAGUCAGGAAGGUGCUGAGACAACAGUUUUGUAAUAAUCCCCUUGUUGUCUGCAAGACAAUAAAAUACUUUAGAACAUUUGGGUUAUGAUGUCAAAACUGCUGAUUGUUGCACAUAUCACUUAAUGGAGGUUUGGAUGUAUUUUAGAAAAGAAAUACCACAUUAUUCACCUUGCUUUCUCUCCUUUUAAAGAAUAUAUUUUCUUGGCUUUUGUUUGUGUUUUUUGUUUUGUUUUGUUUUGUUUUGUUUUUCGUUUUUUUUCAUAUUGGUAGUAAUAUAUUGGGAAAAGACUCAAGUUAUUAAAUAAAGAUUUGAAAUUCUUGCAUAUACCCAACUGCCAUUUUAUAUGUGGAAGAUUAUGUAUCAGUGCAGUAUUGAACUUAAUUCAAUGGUAUUUUUAAAAAAUGCUUGAUGUGAUUGGAAGAAUUUCCGUAACAUAGGUGGAAUUUAUAUGAAGUACUCUAGUUGAGCUUAAUUGUAAUGAUGGUGAAUUUGUUAUUUAGCUUUCUUUUCUUUUCAGAAAUCCAAUGCUACAUAUGGCUAUCUAGUGUAAUAGUUGAGAGAUACGCUAUGUUUUAAAACCAGAAAGUAGAACUGUUGAUCGAUUAAAAAGAAAAAAAAAAUGUCAAAACAAGUCAAGAGGGUCUCCAAAAACAUUUAAAUAAAUACCUACCAUGUUUCCCCAAAAAUAAGACCAGGUGUUAUACUAAGGUUUUCUCCAAAAGACACAUUAGGGCUUAUGUUCAGGGGAUGUCAUCCUGAAAAAUCAUGCUAGGGCUUAUUUUCCAGUUAGGUCUUAUUUUCAGGGAAACACAGUACUAUCUGGUCACUAAAAUUCAGUGGUAUACAGAGCCAGCUAGAACCAAUUCCCAAGAACCAAUGAUGCCAUCUCUUUCAACUCCACUUCCAGAGAUGCCAUUUUGUUAUAUUUAGUUAUAUAUUGAAGUCAGCCAUGGUAGUUAUAUUUAGACCAGUGUGGAAAUCAGCAAACACUACUUUUUUUCUUUGGGAGAACCAGUUGUUAAAUUUUUACCCAGCCAGAGUCAGUUCUCCUUCCAUCACCGUAUAGAUGAUGUAUUACAGAAUUGUACACUUGAAAUCUAUGUAACUUUACUAACAAUUAUCACCCCAAUAAACUUAAAAAAAAAAUACCAAUGCUCCCCUGCUUAAGUUACUUUAUAAAAGGAAAACUCAUGAUUGUAAAUACAGUAUGAAUGAAUAGAAUAUCAAAUAAUGAAAUGAAAGGAAUUUAUGCUCUUUCUUACAACUAGUUAUAUACGCAUGUGGUGGUGAUUUCCUGGUAUCAAAUCCUUGGAGCUAUGAGUAGAAAGGAAAAGGAUUGAUGCACUUCAAUAUGGGAAGCAAUGGCUUAAUAAUUUCAAGUCCAGACAAUAGUGAAGAAAUGCAUUUACAUAUUUUCCAUUUGUCAAUAUGGGGAUACCAUUGGAAACUCAAGGUACACAAAGUAAUGCAUGUUUUGAACAAUUUCACUUCUUUAAGAAAAAUCAUUUGCAUUUUACUUGUUACUGUCCACGUCACAGAAAUACGUCCAAGCCCCUAUUUUGAAAUGUUAUCAAUGCAUAAUUUUAAGCCAGCAUAACAAAUACGAAGACUAAAUCUUACGCAGAAAGUGAACUUGAACAGAUCAAGCCUAAAUUGCCAUUCUGGAUUCACAAAUUGGUCUCUAUGUUGAAACGAUAUUCCAAGGUCAGAUGCAGAGCAAAGGUAGGAGGGAGACAACACGAAAAGAUUGGCUAGGGGAAGGCGGUGAGUAGAUCAAUUACCUAGAGGUAGCCAGGAACAAAGUUUCCUUUUGAUAUGAAUCCUGGUUAGAUAACUACAAGAUAGACAGGAAGUAAUAAUGUUUAGGUAAUGAUAGCUGCCUUUUCGUUCUGCCCUCUGAGAAUGUUUUAAAUUAUUUUAACAUCAUGCACAAUUACAUUGGAUGAUGAAUAGGCUUCAGAAAUUAUUGUCAUGUAAAUGGUGUAGUUAUACAAAGUAUGAGUGUUAUUUGUGUGAUUGCCCACAUGUCCAAAGAAACUUACAUGCAGAUGGUCUUAGCAUUCAAAUAUAAAAUCUAAAGGAGCUCAAAAGGAAUUAAGAUAAAUAUAUUGGAAGAGGCAGAAAACACUAGUUCAAAUAUUUAAAAAUUUUUAAACACUAGUUGCAAAUAUUGAUUUUCAAAUUUCCAAUUUUUACCUCUGUUGACUCAUAAACUCUUCAUUACCAUAAUUGUUUCUGAAUCACUAUUUAAAGGUUUAUUUACAAUUGAUCUAAUUAAAAUUGAAUAAAAAGCUUCGAUUUUUAACUCUUUCUGGUCUGGAGGCAGCUGGAAGCAUGUGAAAUGUUUGACAAUAGGUAAGGAAAAUAUUUUCUGUUAAUCUAUGUUCAUCUGAUAUUAAAAAUGUAAGUUAUUGUUAAAUUAAUGAUAAUGUAUAGUGUGUGUAUAUGAUAAUAUAUGCAAGUGUGACAUGGAAAACUAAUACAAUGCUUGCUGACAAAUCAUCAUCAUAAUCAAAAGAGGAAGAAAGGAGUAAUAGCAUUUACAUUUUGAACGUAAUUGAUAUUGUUUCAGAGAAGUGGGAUAAGCCCUUAAGAAAAAUGGGAGUUAUCUGAGGUUGUGAUUUGGCAGGCAUUGUAAAGUAUAAUUCCAGGGGUAAUUUUUUAGGCAAAAACAAGACAGCCAGCAUGUGUGACAUUCUGACACUUUUUCAUUGAUAUGCUAACUUGUACUGGCUCAGAGUUUAACUGAAAAGGAUGAGAGAAAGAGAGAGGAUGAGAGAGGAAGAGAGAGAGAGGAAGAGAGAGAGAGAGAGAGAGAGAGAGAUUGGGGUGCAUUGGGAAGUAUGUCUGCAGCGACCUUUAAAAUAUUGCCUAGUAUUACCUUGUUAAUGCCAGUAUACUAUUAUCAUUUGGCAGGUGCCUGAUAGGCAAUAAGACUAGAAAAUUUGACACUAACUGAAGGGAACAAUAUUUUAUUUGCUUCCAUAAUCUAAUUUAAUUUAAAUCAGAAGGAUUUUGGUGCUAAAGGGAGAGCACUUAGCUGAACUAUCUGGAUAAUUCCCUCAUUUUAUUUUUAUUGUGUGUGCCCAAACUCAUUGUUACACAAUGCGGAGUGUGAAGUAUUGAUUAUGGUGUGUCCUGGGCUCUGGCCUUUUGAGUAUCAGUGUGGUGUAAGAGUAUCGGUAGUCUGUGGUAAUACACUCUGGAUCAGAGGCCAAGUCCAGCAUCUCUUGGCGUGGCCCUGGUUGCCAUUAUAACUCUCUGAACCUUUAGAGCUUCAUGAUUAAAAUUGAGUUAAGUACCAUCCUGUCUGUUUUAGAGACCUGUGAGAUGAUUAAAUGACAAUGUUGUGUAAACUGUAAAACACUGUAAAAAUAUAUGACUUUAUUAGGGGAAAUAAUGGAAAUUAUGUAAUAAGGUUGAUUAUAUUUAUUGUUAUAUGGUAAACACAGAUCAUUUCUGGUUUUGGAAAUACACAUUAAGGGAAAAAAAAACCCAAACAAUAAUUAUUCUAAAUUGGGAAAGAAUAUUCAAAGAAACAAUUGGGGUAAUUAAUUGAAGUCACUGCCGAAAACCAGCUAUUUUAUCAGGCUUUUAAAGGUUGGAGUCUAACCCAGACUAAUUAAAUCAUUAAUAAGAAUUAAGGAUAUCAGCAUGGCCAAGGGAUUACAAAGGAAAAACAAUUCUUUCCCACUCAUGAUGACUGAGUGGAAGGUGAAGGCCUUUCGAUGAUUUUAGCCUCGUUACAAAUCACAAAUACACUGGAAUGGAGAACACAAUUAAUGAGUACAAGCUAGGUGAUCUUGCAGACAUCCAGAGGAAAUAAAGAAAAUGAGGUUCUAGAGAAUUUAAUAAUUUUGUCAGUCCUGAGUGGCGUAUGUGUAAUUAAUAAUUCAUGCACUUCAAAGAAUUAGAGUACAUUAAUAUUGACUUUACAUGAAAGCUAUCCUGUACUCUUGUUUUGAUAAUUCAAAAGCACUUCCAAUAUCUCACAGUAGCUUAACUUAGCCUUUUAUAAAUGAAGAAGCCAUUGGAGAUUAAAAACUAAUAUACACAGGAUACUGCUGCUUUGUCAGUGAUCGCCUACUCAUAAAAUGAGAUUUAAUAAGCCCUUCGACUCAACUUUAGCUAUUAGUUAUCUGGUUAUUUAAAGUUCAUGUGAACAAGCAUUGCAAACAAAUACAUUAAUAACUAUGUAAGCACUGAGAAUGUUGAGAAGUACAACAUACACUCAAAACGUUAACUCUGACAUUAUCAUUGCAUUAAUUAAUGAGAUUAUGCUAAUGGUUUACAUUUUUAUAGGCAGGGAAAUCAUAUGAUUUACUACCUUAGUGCUUCAUGCUUAUUUUGUUGUACAUAUAAACAUUACUUUUUUUGGUAUGCCAAGAUCUGGAAUAUGUGGCAUGUUGAAUAUGACCAAUACUUCAAAAGUAAUCAACUUUUUAAAGCAACAGAUCAAAUAACAAUAUAACAGAUUCGUUUUAUCUAUAAUAAUAAUUUUA